AUGCGCUUCUUAAGAUUUACAGAUACCGUGACGUUGACGUCCAUUUUAUGGUUUUCCACUGUUCUUCUCCGCACCGUCGACUGUCUCCCAACUUCCCCGUCCUCCGCACCAUUGAAUUCCUGGCGCAACGCUACCACAAACUCCACGACCUCGUCCACAUCCACCUGCGCUCUUCCAAUCAUCGACCUCGGCUACGCACGCCAUCGCGCAACCUCCUACAACGCCGCCGGCUCCUAUUUUGUCUUCAGAAACAUCCGCUUCGCUGCCCCGCCGUCCCGCUUCCGUCCUCCUGAGCCGCAGGUGUCGGGCGACGGCUACGAUAAAGGGGAACUGACGGUCAACGAGGGGGCGAUGUGUCAUCAGGCGUUUAAUCUGCAGUUCAAGUUUGUAGAUUAUACGCAGGUAGGGAAGAAGCAGAGCGAGGACUGUUUGUUUGUGGACAUUUACGUGCCUGCUUCUGUAUUCUGCGACGGCGACGCGUCCGAGUCUUUCAAUCGUACCCGCGCAGCAGGAGAGGACGGCGCGCAUGGGCUUCCGGUUCUUGUGUGGAUUUACGGCGGUGGCUUCACGUUUGGUUUUAAAGAUGGCGUCUAUGAUCCGCACGGGCUACUUAAUGUCGCGCAGGGCAAGAUGAUAUACGCGGCAAUCAGCUAUCGCGUCGGGGCAUUCGGCUUCCUGCCUCCCGUGUCCGGCAACGAAGGCGGCACGAACCUGGGCCUGCUUGAUCAGCGAAUGGGACUGGACUGGAUCGCAAGGUACAUUGAUCGGUUUGGCGGGGACGCGGCGCAGGUGACUGUGCUGGGCGAAAGCGCGGGUGGGUCCUCGAUCUUGCAUCACCUGACGGCCGGGGAUGGUGGCGAGCCCGCGGACGUGCCGUUCAAGCGGGCGAUCAUUCAGUCGACGGCGUAUUAUCCGCAGUACGAUGCCGCCAUGCUUGAGACUCAGUACCGCGAGUUUCUGCAGGUCGCGGGAUGCGCUUCUUCUCAAGGCGACAACGACGCGACUGAUGCAGGGCUUGAGUGUCUCCUCGCUCUCGACGAGAAAACACUGGCGCAGGCAAACAAAGACUACGUGCUGUCCGCGCGCUGGGGUACGUUCCAGUUUGGCCCCUACGUCGACAACAGCUUUGCGCAAGACCUGCCGCAGUUCCAACUGCCCCGGUCGCGCCACAAACGCAGCAACGUCGAGCUCAUGAUUGGCUACAACCCGCGCGAAGGCGCGAUGUUUGUCGAUCCGUCGACGCAUACGGAGCGGCAGGUGAACCGGCUCAUCGACCUCACGUUUCCGAACGCGUCGACCGAGGCAAUCGAGCACGCCAAAAGCCUGUAUCCGCCACGACAGUCGGUGUGGGCGUGGGCGAGCGAGGUGAUUGCCGAGUGGGCGGUCUCGUGCUUUUCGCUUUAUCUCGAUGACGCGUACGAGUCCGUUUACCUGUACCAGUUUGCGAUUCCGCCGGGGACGCACUCGGUCGAUCUGCCGUUCACUUUCUGGCGCGGAACGGAUGAUCCUCCUUCGCUUCCUUCCCUGUCUGCAGAAUCUCCGGGCAUGCAAGACAUCGCCCGCCAUUUUCAAGAAUACCUCGUCUCCUUCGCCAUCUACGGCGAUCCCAACAUCCUCGGCACGUCCGGUGUCGAAUUCCCACCGACUUCGUCUUACUCUACUGAAGAGAUGCAGGGAGCAGGGAAGCCGGUCAUGCUGCAGAUUCAUAAGAAGGGAUUCAAGCAUUUGGCGGUCGAUGAGUUUGGGCCGAAUAGGGAGAGAUGUGCGUUUUGGCAGAAUAAGUGGUGGACGGGCCGAGAGUGA